AUGAAUGAUGAAUUAUAUUCAAAAUCAAUGAUUAAUAAUGAAAAACAAACAUCAGUUGCUAAACUUGCUAAUCAAUCAUGUUUUUUUUUUCCAAUUAGACAUUUACUCAAUGUGCAUGGUACAAUAAAAAGUGAUGGUAAAUCGCAUAUUAGUAUUAAAUGUGCUACACUAACAUAUCUAUCACAUUUAUCAAUAAUUUGAUUAUCCUACUGUAAGUAUGUUUAAUGCUUGUGUGAGACUUUUUUUUUGUAAAGUUUUAGUUCAGUAAAAUACAUUUAUUUUAUAAUCCAAAAUUAUUUCCAAUGUUGUAACAGUACGAGAACUCAGAUGAAUAGGAUAAAUCUGAUGAAGAAGCUUGGAACAGAGUUUAGUUGACGUGGCUUCAAUUGGUUAUGGUCUCAAAGUUUUAGUGAAAGUUAUCUGAUAGAUAUGAAGAUUUUACUAUUGGUAGGUUAUCACUUGCCCCAAAUUGUGGUUCCCUGAAUUAACCCCCAAAUCAUAUCCCCAUUUGGUGAAAAAAAAGCAAUUGAUAUAAAUUCUGGUCACCAAAUGGGGAUUUUAGUUUUGGGGAAUUUUUGAUUUGGGAAUAUUUUUCAUAAGAUACAUUAUAUAUAUAUGCUGUAAUUCAGCAGCAUGUUGGUUCUUGUACUACGCUGUAUCAACUAGAAUAAAUAUUUUUAGCUUGAUCAUUCGAUGUUUAUCAUUUGUCCCAUACUGGUCACCACAAAUGCAUUUCAUAAAAAUCUCCAUUUGGGAAUUUUUUUCUCAUGAAAUAUAUUAUACAUCCUAUAGGUCAAUACCGUUCUUUUUCUCUUCCAAGAUCGCAUUACCAAAAAUAACACUUUCCAAGUCAUAUCUAUUGGAAUUGUUUAGUUUGAAUUAGCUAAACAUAAUAACAAGAGUUCUAUGAUGAAUCUGGUGACCAGAAUGUAUUUUGGGUU